AAGGGUGUUCAUACCCAGACCUUCAGCUCCUGUACAGCGCCAAUGUUCUGUCACUCUCCCGAGAGUUGGAAGGCACUCUGGGAUGGAGGUGUAUUUCCCGAGGGUACUGUCAAGGUUGACGCCUUUUUGAAAGAAAUUGUAGUCGAUGAUUCCAGUACGAAUUUCUAUCUCCUCGUUUGGAGUGUCACAGUCUUGUAAAUGAAUAGGCU